CAAAACCCUUUCAAUUGCAGUGUUGACAGAUUUUCAAAUCAAAGGCUUUUUUCUGGAUAAUGGUUGAAGUUAAGAAAAACAUGUUUGUAAUUCAAUCUGGAGUGUUAUGUAGAAAUUUGUUCCAGAUGGCGGAUUCAUUAAAUGGGAAGAUCGUACAACCAAAGCGGAUGAAGUAAAAGAUUUCUAAUUUGAAUGUAGUGAAAGUGACGCAACGCCCGCACCUGUGCUCCAGAAAACAGCCGGCCAACCGAAUAUUACCGACAGCCAACAAGUCAAAUUCAUUCUCCGACCACUAUUUCCCCCCCUCCGGCCAAAUCCCACCUUCAAAAUUGAGACCAUCGCAAUCUGUAAUGAGAAAAGCUAAGAUAAGAUUCGCCGGCAAUAAGAGAUGGUCAGUACCCUUACUUUGCCUUUCAGUGUUCAUUCUCAUACUGGUUUCCAUCCUGAUUUUUAAUCACCCCAAAGCCCACAAAUCUUCUCCCUUCCCACAUUCAGAGUCAAGAACCGAUGAUUCCGGGUUACUCGGAUCCGGGUCCCUGCCGGAGCUGCCCCGACUGGCGUUUUUGAUCUCGGGCUCCAAAGGCGACGGCCGGCGGAUGAAGCGGCUGCUUAGGGCGUUGUACCAUCCCCGGAAUUACUAUUUGCUGCAUCUUGAUUUGGAGGCCGAGGAUGCGGAGAGGAUGGAGCUGGCUAAGUUUGCGAAAUCCGAGGUUGUGAUUAGGGAGUUUAAGAAUGUUAUGGUGAUUGGAAAGGCGGAUUUAGUCACCUAUAGAGGCCCUACUAUCAUGGCUUCCACGCUCCACGCCGUCGCCAUUCUCUUGAAGAAGGCUAAGAAUUGGGAUUGGUUUAUCAAUCUCAGUGCUUCAGAUUACCCUCUCAUGCCUCAAGAUGAUAUCCUGCAUGUUUUUUCGUUUUUGCCCAGGGAUCUGAAUUUUCUCGAGCACUCAACAAAUCUUGGCUGGAAAGAGUUUCAGAGGGCUAGGCCUAUAAUCGUAGAUCCGGGCUUAUAUCAUUCGAAGAAAUCUGGGGUAUUUUGGGCAAAGGAGAAAAGGUCAAUGCCGGCCGCUUUCAAGCUGUUCAUGGGAUCUGAAUGGGUGGUUCUCACGAGAUCGUUCUUGGAAUUCUGCAUUUGGGGAUGGGACAAUCUCCCGCGCACUCUUCUUAUGUACUAUACCAAUUUCAUAUCCUCCCCCGAGGGCUACUUCCACACGGUUGUCUGCAAUCACAAGGACUAUCAGAACACGACGGUGAACCAUGACUUACACUACCUAAAAUGGGACAGUCCCCCGAAGCAGAACCCGAUGAACUUGACAAUGGAGCACUUCGAGGACAUGGUCCAGAGUGGGGCCCCAUUCGCUCGCACUUUUGCCGCAGAUGAUCCUGUUCUUAACGAGAUCGAUAGGGAACUCUUGAGAAGAUCUGACGGGCUGUUUACCCCCGGGGGUUGGUGUGUUGGGAGUCCUGGUUUAGGUAAAGAUCCUUGUCUAGCACGUGGCAGUUGUGAUGCAGUUAAGCCUUCUGCAGGGUCAAGAAGGUUGGAAAAACUUGUACUGAAGCUCCUUGAUUCUGAAUAUUUCAGGUUUACUCAGUGUAAAUAACUUAAGAUUAUGUGCAGAGAAUCUCUUCAGAUUCUCUUAUUCUUUGCUAACUUUCUUCCUAGUGUUAGUGUCUAUGUACAGUCAUUAUGCUGUAACAUCUGUUUAUAAUUCUACACGUGUUUUGAAAC